CGACGUGACACUACCCGGAAGUCGGGCAUAACGUCAUUCGUUCAUUUUGAGCUGGGCAAAAACCUAAAAACAGGUUAAUUUUUACAAGUUAAAGCCGAUUCAACGUCGAACCGUCCCUUCUCGAACAUAACUGCUGUUAUUUCUCCAAACAGCCAGGCGACAUGAAUAUUAUCCAGGAUAUCGCAACAUUAUACUCUGCUCUUUUGCUGAUAACCGGUGAAUCAGGACAGGUUCGUUAUCAUAGCUGUUAUAAUUCAUCUUCCAGUUUUUUGUUGUGUCACUUACUAUCUAUUUGCACUUGCUUUAUCUUCAAUCCUAGUAUUGACUGUGUUAAAAUAAUAACUUAAAAGUUCACUUCCGGCCUCUACAUUCACGCGCCAUAGCUAAGCUGGUUUUCAUGUUUGUUUUCGCUUCCUGAUGAGGGAGAAGUUAGUUUUUAGUUUCCAAAUGACGUAAGUCUACAAACAUUCUCAAAUACAGGCUUUCAAGACUACGGCAAUCGCGUAACGCAACACACGAUAGCGAAGAUGCGUGACGUUUUCUUUAGCCGCGAGGUAGGCCUUUCAGAAUCAACAAGAAGAGGAGGCUGGCGAACGAGUUAUGCGAGGAAGGGGCGCCGGGGAGGAAAAAGAACUUGCUCACUUCCUCACGCGCCCUUUUAAACGCCUGUCAAGCAGGUUAUCUGCAAGCGGAUUGAUCAGAUUGUUACUGAUUUCCUGGAAAAGCAGGAUCAAGGAUCAGGGAUCAGUUGAAAAUAUAUCAAAUAAAUUACCCCUACGUGACUCAGGGUUUCCUGGAAAAGCCGGAUCAAGGAUCAAGGAUCAAGGAUCAUGAUCCUUGAUCCGGCUUUUGCAGGAAACCGGCUGUUACUACGACUUUUGCUUUUUUAAUACGAUCUCUUUCUAUGUAUAUAAUCUUUUGUUAUUGUUGUUGUUGUUGUUGUGUUGUCAUGUUAGCAUGUUUACUCCAUCAUCCAAUAAAGCAGUACCUAUAAAACUAUCCUGCCUGCGAGAAAGCUCUUUGGAGGACCGAAUUUUAUAGUAAAUUUAAAACAGUAAACUGAUCCUUACGGCAGCCGGAGAGUGAUAGAAAAAAUGAAUAAAGAAAACAAAAAUAAAGUGGUGAGUUUUAUUUACCCGAUAUUUCGGUUUGCAGCACUCAAGAUUUUACUGAUCCAGGUCUACUAAAGAUCCGCGGAUCCUCAAUGGUUUGUCGUUGUGGUUUUGCCUUCACAAGAGUCUCCUUCUGGGAGUCUGGGAUCGAGUGACGGGAGCUGAGAGAGCCCCAGAGUCCUUAGAGAGUUUGCUUGCAGGCUACUUGAACUAUAAUACCCCAUUGGAAUUCUUUAAUUCACUCCGGCAAAAGGCUAGUGCUGAAAAGCGCAGGUUGUGAGGCAUUUAUAGGUAGCAGAUUCAUAUUUUAUCAACUUGAUCGACAAAUCUUAACUUUGCCAACCUCGUUUCCAGGGUUCUCUCCUACCCGUCUCGCUCCGCACUCUGGGAACGAGGUCGUAACUUUGCAUCACACUGCCUUGACUGACCACUGACUGACUGAUCACCACAGAAUUGCCGACAUUCAAAGUGAUUUCCUGUUGCGUGCAGAGGCGACACUUUCUUUGUAUGAGCUGGCUUUUCGCACGCCUGCAGUUCACACUCGGCUCGAAGAUGAACCCUUUGCUCGCAGGAUAUCAAACUCGUAGUACCCUGUCCCAGUUCGUUGCUUUUUUCAACAUUGUUGUUUUUUCCCAUUUUUUUUCGCAGCUGAAUUAUCAGGGACGAGUGAUAAGCUACAAGGCAGAGGGUCGCAUCCACAAGCUCAAGUGGGUGUACGAUGGAACAGCAUGGGAUAUAGAGAGUGGAACAAGUGUUAAAGCUAAACACUAUCAAAGCAAACACGGAGCCAUUGAACACGCUGUUAAAGAACUAAUUGAUAAACUCAAAGCUAAUGGAAUAGUAACUGGUUGAAUCCACGGUUCUUUUUUUAACUGGUUGAGUAAAGAGG